AACAACCCCGGUCCUGCCACCACAAAUAGCUUGACAUCUAAUUGGCUGGCCACCAAUUAUUUGUUGCCUUGUACCUGGUAUAUUUAUGUAUUUCAUAGGCAGGUCCCGGCGAUGGGACGUAAUUGUACAUACCCGUACCCGUUCCUGCCCGUCCAUACUUGUACGCAAACAAAUUUAGUGAAAAUACAAACUUGCAAGAAUGAGAAUAAGAUUCCAACCACCUUAUUAACUAUUUUCGAGGUUAUUAUUUUCUAUUCGUGAUAAACUUCAAGAGCUCAGUUUCACCUUUAUUAGCCAUUUAAUCAAAACUACCGAAAUUCCAACUAGGCGAAAUCCAUUCAUUACAUCUGGCCGCAAUUCGGAGCAAACACACAGUUUUUCGCCGACCAGCAAUCAAAGCCAGCUGUCCGUCACACCCGGCUAAAAUACCUACCUGGUGCCUUAGGUAUAUACGCACCACGCACAAGCAAAAACCAUGUCGGCAACGAUGACCAUGACCUUUCCACCCAUAACAUCCACACAAUUAUCCACGAUGGCCACGACGACAACCACAACCACAACCUCCUGCUGCCCGAACUGCGGGCUCUCGCUCCCAUCCCCGACCAACACCGACGCGCAGACCGCACUCCUCGAAGCGCAGAAACAGAUCGAAGACCUGCAGGCGCAGGUCCGACUUUUGAACCAGAAAGCCACCGCGGCAGUCGACCGCUGGGCCGACUACGAAGACGAGCUGUCGCGGCUGCGAGCCGCGUCCAUGACCUCCGCCGCAACAACACAAGCCUCGCCCCCGCCCUCCAGCGUCGCGACCUCGUCCCCGCGCUCCUCCUUCCUGCCCACCGGCGCCGCGGCGCGCAUAUCCCAGCUCCUAACACCGCGCAAGUCCGCGCCGAACCUAGCCGCUCGCGCGGCGAACGGGCGGGGUUCGCUCUCGUCGCCGCACUUACCACCGCUCCCGACGAACGGCCACCACGCGAGCGUGAGUGUGGGUACGAGUGUUAGUGUCGAUAGGGAUUUAUUGGAGGAGCUGUCGCGCGAGAAGGAGUUGCGGGCGAGGGCGGAGGGACGGCUGAAUGAUACGAGUAAGGAGGUGGAGGAGCUGAGCGCGACGCUGUUCGAGCAGGCUAAUGAGAUGGUGGCGACGGAACGGAGGGCUAGGGCGAAGCUUGAGGAGAGGGUUAGUGUGUUGGAGAGGAGGGAUGUGGAGAAGAGGGAUCGGUUGGAGAGGUUGGAGGGUGCGAUGGGGAGGUUGGAUCGCGUGAAGGCGUUGUUGGGGGAGAGUUGAGGUAGGAAGUUUGGGUUGGAUAAAGAUGAGAUGAAGAUAGGAUGAAAGUUUAAGUUGGCGUGACGGAGGUUCCUGGACUAAUUAUGGUCCGCGGAGUUAACGCGGACGGGUGGAGUGCCGGGUGAGGUAUCCGCUACCGCUGCCGCUCCGGAGUUUGUUCGAGUCAUGACAUGCAUGUCGAGGGGACCGCAAGACGAAUGGCGUUGGUCGGUUACGAGUUACAGGCUGUUACGAGAUUUUCUAGGCAUAUACGAGGACAUACGGAUAUGCGAUACACGGGUAAUCAGGUCACGGGAUUUUUGCAAGCUGGGAGUUUUGUUGUUUUUCAGCGGCCGUCGAUUGCAUUUAUACAUCAAUGCUUGUUAUACCAUAUCGAUGUUAAUAGAUUCGCAUGGGGAUCGUGUAUAAAAGGACGGAAAUAUCGCAUUCGGGGCUUAGGUGGGUAAAAGGGGAAAUGCAUGAGCAAAAGAUUGAGUUAUACGAAAGACGAAAGACAUUCGGCUUAUACUGUACCUAUACUUUUAUAAUGAGGUGGGAAUCUACUUGGGGUCGAUUACUUCUUCUAUGAACAACUACUCAUUUCUCAAGAGAGGGGUAGAUUUUACGAUAAAUAUGAGAAAACGCCUUUCUAAAAAGCAA